UCCCUGCGCUCCCCUCUCAGGGAGAGGGACGCGCAGCGGGGCUGGUGUCGGUGCGGGGGUCAUGGAGGAGGCGGGUUGCGGGGCGCAGUUCCGCGCCGCCGUUCAGGUUAUCCAAGGGCUGCCCCGGAGCGGUUCGUACCGGCCCUCCUAUGAGGAGAUGCUGCGUUUCUACAGCUACUACAAGCAGGCGACGGCGGGGUGCUGCCAAGGCCCAAGGCCCGGCUUCUGGGACCCCAUCGGCCGGUACAAGUGGGACGCCUGGCACAGCCUGGGGAGGAUGUCCAAGGAGGAGGCGAUGGUGGCUUAUGUGGCCGAGAUGAAGAAGGUGGCCCAAAAGAUCAUUGACACGGUGCCCAUGGAUGAGACGACGGAGGAGAUGUUUGGGUACUUCGAGCCCCUCUAUGAGGUGAUCCAUGACAUGCCCCGGCCCCCCGAGGCUUUCUUCAAGAGGAAAGGGGGCAGUCAGGAGCGGACGGCUGACCCCAGCCAGGACGACCCCGCGAGCAGCCCGGCUCCAGAGCGCCCCGAAGAUGCCCUGCCCAGGGAGCAGCGCAACAGGCAGCACGUGCCAGGAGGUGGGCUGGCUCCCACCGCCAACGCGCUCGAGGGCAGCCAGGUGACCAGUGACUCCGAGGGGGACGUGUACUGCGAUACCCUGGAGCAGAUGGAGCCUGAGCAGGCUGGGCAGCUGCUGGGGCUCUCCCUGAACGGUGUCCAGGCCGGGCCUGAGCCGCCGAUGCCCUGCAGCGCUGGGCAGGGAGAGCGGGCUGAAGGCAGAAGACUAGAGGGGAGGAGCAGCGCUGGCCUCGCAGCCCUUGGCUCCAAGAGAGAUCUUCGGUUCACCGGGGCAGAGCAGGACAUCAGGAGCACCCUGGAGCUCGCUACAGGGCUGCCAGUGGAGCUGGAUGCCUGCGUGGCCAGCACGGUCCGAGCCCUGCAGGAUGACAUGCGGCGAGUGCUGGAGCGCCUGAGCGAGCUGGAGACGCUCGCCUCCGCACAGGGGGAUACAGCUGGGCCCGGCCCUGGCCAGCCGCUUGCUGAGCAGGCACCAUCCUCAUGGCCCCUGGCCCUCUCUCCGCGGACCCUGUUCUUCCUCAUCACCUGGCCCUUCGUCACCCAGUGGCUGCUGCGCCGCUGGCAGGGCAGGAAGAGCACAAGCCGGGGAAGCACCACGGGAUCAACAAGGGAAUCGCAUCACGCAGCUGUGAGGUCUCCUGCAGGCCGGGACCCCUGCCCCGAGGGAGGGGAGCCACCACCCCAACUGCCACCGUCACUCUCAGGAUCUCGCCAGCACCGCCGGGACGGCAAAGGGACCGGCCAUCCCCGGGGAGCAGAGCGUGGGAUCGCCCCCACACCCCGAAUGGGAUCCAGGCGGGUCCCCUCGCUACCGCACACCGACGGACGGACGGACAGACGGACGGGCUGCCUGCUGGCACCGCGGCCCUGGGUGGGUGGUGCGGGAUGGCCGCUGUCCCCAGAGACCGGGUGUGCAAAGCGCUUGAACAUCGGAACCUGCCUGAAUUAAAGUUGCCUUUUCGGCCCA